AGAUAAAAGUACAGGUGACAUAUAUCAUAUAAGCCAAUUCAUGUGACUCGUUGCUCCGGCAAAAUGAGGUGAGGGGAGUGUUGCCCCACCUGAAAUAUUGUGUCAACCUUUGCUCCAUAAUUGCUAAUGAUGCAUGGGCAAAGAGCGAGCUGGCCGUGGGGUCUUUCCUUUCACAUCUUUCUUCCGCUCGGCACCCGCUUCAACCUUGUUUGAUAUCUUUCUGCCAGAAAAUUCUUGUACUUAUUCCACAUAUCUCUCAUAAUGACUCUGCAAGCAAUCAAAUACAAUGAUGGCAAACUUGCCAUCAUUGAUCAACUACUGCUUCCACAUGUUGAGAAGUACAUUACAAUACAUACAAGCGAAGAAGGCUGGCAUGCAAUCAAGGAGAUGCGAGUGCGAGGGGCACCUGCGAUUGCUAUAGUAGCGGCCCUCUCACUUGCAUCAGAGCUUACCACUCUAAUAACUUGCAACAAUCUACCCUCGAAUGCUAUAGAAACACAGACUUUUAUAACGGAGAAGUUACAUUAUCUGGUGAGCAGCAGACCUACAGCAGUCAACCUUAGUGAUGCAGCAGGAAAACUGGAGACCAUAGUGGCAGAAAGUGUGAAGAUGCCUGAGCCCACAGGCCACGCCGUUGCUACUGCGUUUAUCCGAGCCGCCGAAGCAAUGCUUGUGAAAGAUGUUGAAGAUAAUAGAAAUAUUGGAGCAUAUGGUGCCAAAUGGAUCUCAGAGAAUGCUCUAUCUAAGAACGUUACUAAGGCUACGGUUCUUACGCAUUGUAAUACAGGUUCUCUCGCGACCUCGGGGUUCGGGACAGCCCUGGGGGUGAUUCGUGCACUCUCUUCAACCGAUACCUUACGGCAUGCCUAUUGUACCGAAACGAGACCUUACAACCAGGGCUCCCGCUUGACAGCAUUUGAGCUGGUUCAUGACUGUAUUCCUGCUACCUUAAUAACAGACUCAAUGGCAGCUGCAUUGCUCGCUAGAGCUGAGAUAGCUGUGAAUGCAAUUGUGGUGGGGGCAGACAGGGUAGCAGCUAAUGGUGAUACCGCAAAUAAGAUUGGUACAUAUGGGCUUGCCGUGCUUGCAAAAUACCAUGGUGUGAAAUUCCUCGUGGCUGCGCCGCUCACAACUAUCGACCUAGUCACCAAGUCGGGGAAUGAAAUCACUAUCGAGGAGCGGCCCGCAUCCGAGGUUACUAUGGUCAGGGGCACCUGCGAAGACGGUGACUCCGAAGCCGUCAAAAUGGAAACCGUAUGCAUAGCAGCGAAAGGGAUCAAUGUAUGGAAUCCAGCAUUCGAUAUAACCCCAGGGGCUCUUAUCGAUGGUAUUAUAACUGAAAAGGGAGUGGUGGAAAAGGACUCUGAUGGAUUAUUUCACUUAGAGGAGCUGUUCAAAGCCUGAGAAGUAGCCGAAACCCCGCAUUUGCCCUGGCAAUUAUUCUUUCCUGUCGUGGGUUGCGGUUGACGUGUCCCUUCGAUGCCAUUAAGCAGUUCGUCAAUUUUGCGUUCUAGGCUGCUUAGGUGAUUCUCCAGCGCUAGAGCGGUUUUCUCGCCUUUGGAAAGAUCAUUAAAUGCUUGUAUGAUGUUUGAGUCAUCUUGAUUGUCUUUCUCGUGCGACAUGGCUUUAGUAGGACUGCUAGACCGUAUUUAUAAAGGUUUUUGGGGGAGGGGCGUUUUCAUAACCAAACAGGUUUAUUGUGGUUCCGAAGCUAGGAUCCUAGCCUUUAUAGUCACCUGAUUUUGCACAUCUACUGCUAAUAUAUACAUAGGUGGUAGUAGAACCUGUUCCGUAGGGAGGAGAGGUAUUGAGGGUUUGUCGACAAUUU